AUGAUCAAUGAGCCCGAUAAUCACGAGAUUUUCCAAGCACUGCAAUCUUAUUUGGUCGAUGCCUUGAUUUUCAACCUAUUUGAUCCGUGA